AUGUCCACAAACUAUGCUCCAGUGACAAAGCAAAAUCCUGAAGAUGUUCAAAGUUUGGACUCACCAAUUUUCCCAGUUCAACAUGACACCGCUAAAGACAUGUCCCACGUCAAUUACUCCAACCUCACGUAAGAUGACCUAAAACACACACUUGAGAAGCAUCAGAGCAUAUACGACGACCCAAAAGAGCUGGGAAAUUCACUCUCGAGUAACGCUCUCGGGCUCACGAUUGGAUUAUCCGGUGUUGCAAUUACUGUUCUCUUUGCUGUUUAUGGGAUCUUGGUACUGAAGCACGACGGUGAUGAAGCGGAAAAUGGAUCUAUGGCUAUGACCUUAGUUACGAUUUCCAAAUAUGUGAGUUUUGAUAUCUCGUUUUUGCAUGUUAACGACUGACCAAACUAAUCAGGGUCCCACUAUCUUCCUCAUCGUCUUUGCAGCAAUCGUCGGCAGUGCAAUGAGAACGAUAGCUACUUUUCUAAUACAAUCAGGAUCGUCUAUUGGUGUACUAGAACAACUUCUUGGUAGUCGAACCAUAUCCGGAGCUCUCUUCACACAAAUUCGACUUAGAGCAAUGGACUCAGUCGCUUUAGUAAUCAUCAUUCUCUGGUGUCUUUCUCCUCUUGGCAGUCAGGCUGCAUUGCGAGUUGUUUACAUUGCACCUCAAUUUCACACUAACCGAACCAGUCCCACAGCGAUGAAUACUUUUGCUGGUUACGAAUACAGCUACGCAGCAGGAAUUGUAUCUGGUAAAAUCAGUGUGGCCGCUCCCUUUAGGGCAUCGUUGUUGGGGGCAGGCUUCUUCAACAACAAAAUUAAGAUCUUUGGGGAAAUGUCCGUUUACCUUCACUUGAAGCACUCAAUUACAACGGGACUUCAUGGUUGAAUAUCCGAGAUAAACCUGUCGAGUACACUUCAUUAGUUGGAGUCCCCGUUGGACCACUUCCGACACUUCCUCAAGCGAACACGACCUACAACCUCACAAACUCCUACCUCAAAGGAUCGUGUGAUAGAUUCGAUGCUUUGCCCGCAGAAUACCAUCUCAUAAACUAUACCUCAGAACCCCCACCCAUCCCCCCAAACCAAUUCAACAAAACCUGCGGCUGGGUCUCAUCAUUCAUUACUCCACUCCAAAUCGGCCUCACAGUUCCUUGUGCAUACAACCCCAACGAGAAAGACUUCGACACCCGCCAUCUAACAUGGGAAACCCUCAACAACGUCGAAAGCGCCACCAUCGCGGAGUGCCACCUCUCAACAACAACUAUCGAACUCUCACUAACCUGCUCACACUCCAAAUGCGAACCCACAGCAAUCCGCUCAUCUCCCAACCCAGAAAUCGGGCACAAAACAGUCCUAGAUCUCGUCCCUCACCCAGAAAUCUUGCUCCAGCUGCUAGCUGAAGCAUUCCCACGCUCAUCGCUUUCCGGCGGGCAAAACCCGAUUAUUUCCUACUUCUUAAACCCCUCCGAUGCAAUCGUCUCCACGAAUCACACGGCACUCCACCUCAUCGGCCGCUCGAAUUUCGAACUACGUCUUACGCAGAUUUUGAACACCGUUUUGAUGUUAGGCAUUGGACGGAAUAGUGUAACAUCCUCAUUUGAUACCUUUCUCUCAUCCCCUAUCUCAGUUCCUAAUAGUACGGUACCUGCGGAUGUGGUGACGAAAAGAUAUAUCGUCCGAUGUGAUCGCGCUUGGCUUUCUGUGUUGAUUGUUGCGUCCUUUUUUACGGCGCUUGUGGUUGCGGGGGCGAUGGUGUUGCAGUUCUUUACAUUGGCGCCGGAUAUUUUGGGGACGGUGGGGUUGGCGAUGUUGGAUAGGGAGGAUAAUUUUGAGUCUGGGGUUGCUGGUGGGGUGGGUGGUGCGGGGAGGUUUCGUAGGACUGCUUGGGAUGGGAAUGAUUGGACGAGAACGAGGAGGGAGAUGAUUGUUAGACUUGCGGAUGUUAAGCCUGGGGAGCAGGUUGGUAGGAUUGGAUUGGCUGUUUUGGGGAGGGGUAGAGGAGGUGAGGGGGGUGCGAAGUUGGUUAGAGGACGGCGGUAUCAUUAG